AUGAAGUGUACUGUGCGGGAGUGGCUCAGAGUAACCACAGUGCUAUUCGUGGCCAGAGCAAUUCCAGCCAUGGUGGUUCCUAAUGCCACUUUAUUGGACAAACUUUUGGAAAAGUACAUGGAUGAGGAUGGUGAGUGGUGGAUGGCAAAGCAAAGAGGGAAAAGGGCCAUCACGGACAAUGACAUGCAGAGUAUCCUGGACCUUCAUAAUAAGUUACGAAGUCAGGUGUAUCCAGCAGCCUCUAAUAUGGAGUAUAUGACAUGGGAUAUAGAACUGGAAAGAUCUGCAGAAUCCUGGGCUGAAACUUGUUUGUGGGAACAUGGACCUGCAAGCAUGCUUCCAUCAAUUGGACAGAAUUUGGGAGCACAUUGGGGAAGAUAUAGGCCCCCAACAUUUCACGUACAAGCAUGGUAUGAUGAAGUCAGAGACUUUAGCUACCCAUAUGAACAUGAAUGCAACCCGUAUUGUCCAUUCAGAUGUUCUGGUCCUGUAUGUACUCAUUAUACACAGGUGGUGUGGGCAACAAGUAGCAGAAUAGGCUGUGCCAUUAAUUUGUGCCAUAACAUGAACAUCUGGGGGCAGAUAUGGCCUAAAGCUGUCUACUUGGUGUGCAAUUAUUCCCCAAAGGGAAACUGGUGGGGCCAUGCCCCCUACAAACAUGGCCGGCCCUGUUCUGCUUGCCCGCCUAGUUUUGGAGGAGGCUGUAGAGAAAAUCUGUGCUACAAAGAAGGAUCAGAUAGCUAUUACCCUCCUCAAGAAGAAGAAACAAAUGAAAUUGAACGGCAGCAAUCACAAGUCCAUGACACCCACAUCCGGACAAUAGCAGAUGAUAGUAACAGAAACGAAGUCAUAAGCACACAGCAAAUGUCUCAAAUUGUUUCUUGCGAAAUAAGAUUAAGAGACCAGUGCAAAGGCACAACCUGCAAUAGAUAUGAAUGCCCUGCUGGCUGUUUGGAUAGUAAAGCUAAAGUUAUUGGCAGUGUACAUUAUGAAAUGCAAUCCAGCAUCUGUAGAGCUGCAAUUCAUUAUGGUAUAAUAGACAAUGAUGGUGGUUGGGUGGAUAUCACUAGACAAGGAAGAAAACAUUAUUUUAUCAAAUCCAAUAGAAAUGGUGUUCAAACAAUUGGCAAGUAUCAGUCUGCUAAUUCCUUCACAGUCUCUAAAGUAACAGUUCAGGCUGUCACUUGUGAAACGACUGUGGAACAGCUGUGUCCUUUUCAUAAGCCUGCUUCACAUUGUCCAAGAGUAUACUGUCCUCGGAACUGUAUGCAGGCAAAUCCACAUUAUGCUCGUGUAAUUGGAACUCGAAUUUAUUCUGAUCUGUCCAGUAUCUGCAGAGCAGCUGUACAUGCUGGCGUGGUUCAAAAUCACGGGGGUUAUGUUGACGUGAUGCCUGUGGACAAAAGAAAGACUUACACUGCUUCUUUUCAGAAUGGAAUCUUCUCAGAAAGUUUACAGAAUCCUCCAGGAGGAAAGGCAUUCAGAGUAUUUGCUGUUGUGUGA